UGCUGCUUGGCAGCGGCCGAUCAAGACGCAAAGGUCUCAGAGCUAGCCAAUCGGCUCACAGGUUUGUCCGAUCGAGAAUCGAAGUACUGCACAGACUCGUGCCUGCGGAAAUUCUUGAGAGCUCGCAACUGGAGCGUCAGGAAAGCCGAGAAGAUGCUCAAGGAGGCCCUAAGUUGGAGAGCAUCCUACAAGCCGGAAGAAAUUCGCUGGGGAGAUGUUGCUAGAGAGUCCGAGACUGGGAAACUUUACAAAGCAAAUUAUCUGGACAAGCUCGGCAGGCCAGUUCUUGUGAUGCGUCCCGGUGCUCAAAAUACUUCAGCUCCAGCAGGCCAGAUUAAGCAACUAGUCUAUUUCAUGGAGAAUGUUAUUGUUAAUCUCCCUCCAAAUGGACAGGACCAAAUGGUUUGGCUUAUUGAUUUCAAUGGCUGGUCUAUUUUCAAGUCCCCAUCUGUCAAGACAGCCAAAGAUAUAGCAUACAUCUUGCAAAAUUUUUAUCCAGAGUGGCUUGGCCUGGCCGUCCUUUAUAAUCCUCCUUACAUUUUUGAGACAUUUUGGGUGGUAAUAAAACCAUUUUUGCAUCCAAGCACUUGCAAGAAGGUUAAGUUCGUCUACAGCAGUAAUUUGAAGCUGCUCCAUGAUAUAUUUGAUAUGUCUAAAGUCGAAACAGCAUUUGGAGGUGGAAGCUCAUCAAAUUUCAACUGUCAUGACUAUGGCAAGGUUAUGCAGCAGGAUGAUCUUCGUAUAGACUCAUAUUGGGGUAUUCAAAGGCCAGAAAUUGAAUCACCAGACAAUAGUUCAUUGUCAACAGAGGAUUAG